AUGCUCAGCUUAAUUCUCCUUUUGGGCUUCACUCAAGCCAUCCAUAUGAAUACCACAACUAGAAUGUUUGAGGACGACUCAGGCCGAACAAUAAUCUUCCAUGGAGUCAAUGUAGUUGUAAAGGCUCCUCCAUAUAUUCCUAUUACAUCUUCAUUUGACCCUCAAAUGUCUCUCUGCGCCCAAGACAUACAAAAUCUCCAAAACUGGGGUUUUAACUUCGUAAGACUUGGAGUUAUGUGGCAAGCAGUCGAAACAAGUCCAGGGUCUUAUAAUAUGACUUAUCUUCAGCAGGUCAAUACCUUGGUUAAUCAAUUAGGAGCAGCUGGGAUUUCUGUAUUGGUGGAUGCCCAUCAAGACCUUUUUGCACGUAAAAUCUGCGGUGAAGGAGUCCCUGACUUCUACGCUCAAAAUUUAAGUGACUCUUGUGGAGAGCUAUCACCUGUAUAUGAAGGAUUUGGAGCUUGCACCCCAUUAUCUAAGUUCAAUUUAACCUAUAAUGCAAAUGGAGAUCCUUUGAUUUCUGACUGUCUCACUCACGAUUUCCCUCGCUAUUAUACAACUCCUGAAGCCGCUGAUGCUUUUCAAAGACUUUACAAAAAUAUCAAUGGGCUGCAAGACAAGUUCCUUGCAUUCUGGAACACUGUGUCUUCAUUUUUUGCAAAUAAUCCUUUUAUAGUUGGAUAUGAUCCAUUCAAUGAACCUCUUGCUGCUGAUAUGUAUAGUAACCCUGACUAUAUGGUUCCAGGAAACUUUGACCGUGAAGUCCUUCAAUAUCUAUGGCAAAAAGUAAAUGUGACUGUUAGAAAAAAUGACUUAAGAAAGAUUUUAUUUUUCGAAGCAGUACAGUCUGACGUGCUGCCAGCAUUAGGAGGAUUAAUAUUUAACGUUGGGUUCAACGAAACUCCUGGAGGAGUGAAUUUUAAUAACGCACAAGUUUUAAAUGACCAUACAUACUGCUGCGCUGUUAAUUUUAACCCUUGUGUUCAAAAUGGAGGAGAUCCUCCUCUUUCAGAAGCAAAACACUGUGAGAGAAUUCAUAAUGACAGAGUUAAGGUCAGAUCCCAAGACGCUGAAAAAUUAGGAGUUGGGCUAAUUUUCACAGAGUUUGGAGCUUGUUCUAAUUCAGAUGCAUGUGUCGCUGAAAUUACUUCAGUAACAAAUGCAUGUGAUAAAUACUUAGUUGGAUGGUCUUAUUGGCAAUUUAAGGGAUAUGGAGACUACACAACUGCUGGAAGCACAGUGGAAGGAUUUUAUGAUGGAAGUGGAAAUUUAGAAACAAAUAAGCUUAAAGCCUUACAGAGAACUUAUGCUCAAGCUUACCAAGGAGUUCCAACUAAAUUAUUCUUUAUUCCGUCGACUGGGUAUUUCUCAACCUCAUAUGAUCUCUCUCCAAAUGUGAAUGCUCCAACAGUGGUAUUUUUGAAUCAAGCAAUGGUCUAUCCAAAUGGGUAUGAUAUUUCUAUUUCAAAUACACUUAAUUUACAGCCAGUAGUGACCACUAAAGGCAAUUUCAUCAAUAUUUUAUAUACAAACCCAGUAUCUUCAAGGACAACUAUAGUAAUAACAGCCAAAUCUGCUGUUGAAGCUUAA